AUGACUGAGCCCGUCGAAGUCAGAGAUUCCGCUCAGUCCAAGCCAAUGCAAUCCCAGAACGAUCUUGGCCAGGAAGUUGGUACACAUCCGACGCCUGGUAACACUACUAUCUCUCCUACAUCAGGACCAGCUCGCAAAUAUCUGACCUUGAAACCCUUGAAGAAACUCGAUCUACCUCAUCAUCCGUCGUAUGAUAAUGCUAGUUCUGAUCAUCAUGUCACUCUAGCCCAGUUCCUCGACGAUAUUCUCAACGAGGUACAAGGAAUCAACUUUGACGAAAGGUUUGAGAAGCGUGGAACCUGGAGCCCCGACAAUGGACAUGUGAUGAUGCCGCCACUGAAUGCUACAGGGAGCAGCGAUAUGGUUCCAGUCCCAGUCUCGGUCGAGAAGCGUAUCAAAGACUUGAACCAAGCCAGUUGGAUGGCUAGAACCUCUACCCACAGCAACGAUCAUGUCAAAUUCUCCGAGUUGGGCGAUCUUUUGGCGAAAGAUCACAGCCGCAAUGAAGCUGCAUAUACCCCGAGUGUUUUCGAUGCUGUUGAGCUAUUGAGGAGUCGGAUGGAAACGAAAGGAUCUUCGCAACUCUACCGGUUUCCUUCGGACACAGGGUCAGGCGCAACACCUGACGCGAACCAGAAGCAGCGACAGGGGAAGAAGCUGACAGAAGGAACCUACGUCUCGUUGGAGAGGCUGAUUGGCGCAUCGAAGACACGUGUCGAUGGGGAUGUUGCGCAGCAAGCAGAGUCGCCCGAUAACGACCAUCAUCGUUGGGAUAUGAUGACGUUGAGUACGGCGGGGGGCAUGACGAAAAAGGCACCGAAGGGCAUCCAGCAGAAGGAAACAUUGGAGGCGAUCGCAAUGGACGUGGAGUACGUUCUGUCGUAUAUCGCGGAUCAAAGACGGAAGAGCAGGACUUGA